AUGGCGCUCAAGCCGGGAUUCGGGUACAAGUUCCCGUGGGAGGACAUGGGCACGUUCAAGUACCUCCUGUUCGUGCCGUUCGUCGCGACCGUCGCGCUCGGGAGGGACGACGCGGACGACUGGUGCUGGCACAUGCUGGCGAUCGCCGCCGUGCGAUACGUGCACUCGCAGUUUUGGAUAUCCCUGUCGAGGGUGCACGCGGUGACGCAACACACGAAGAUACAAGCGAAAGGAAUCGACUACAAACAGAUCGAUCGCGAAGAUCACUGGGACGACUACAUCAUCCUGCAGCUCAUCGUCAUGACGCUCGUGCACAAGUGCCCGGGGUUAGGGUUCUCCGGGUUUCCGAAGACGUGCGGCGCCGGUCUCGCGCAGCUCCUCUUGUUACACGCGGGGCCGACGGAGUUCGCGUACUACUGGCUGCAUCGGCUGUUGCACCACCACACGCUGUACAGCGCGUACCACUCGCACCACCACGCGAGCUUCGUCACGGAGCCGAUCACCGGGUCCGUGCACCCGUUCAUGGAGCACCUCAUGUACACGGCGAACUUCGCGAUCCCGCUGCUGGGGACGUGGGCGAUGGGCGGCGCGUCGAUCGCGAUGUUUUACGCGUACCUCAUCGGCUUCGACGUCCUGAAUAACAUCGGGCACUGCAACUUCGAGUUCAUCCCGCGGUGGUUCAUGAACCUGCCGCUGAUGAAGUACCUCAUCUACACGCCGUCGUACCACUCGUUGCAUCACAGCAAGGUGCACACCAACUUUUGUCUGUUCAUGCCGCUGUACGACUACGCGUACGGCACCGCCGACCCGGGCUCGCACCAGCUGUACGAACGCGCGAUGAAAGGCGAGGCGGCGCCGAACAAAGCGCCGGACGUCGUCUUCGUCGCGCACGGGACGGAGCUCCUGUCGCUGUUUCACCUGCCGUUCGCGCUGCGGAGCUUCUCGUCGCGGCCGUUUAAGAGCGCGUGGUGGCUGCAGCCGUUCUUGCCGCUUUGCCUCCCCGUCGUCGCGCUCUUGCGGCUCUUCGGGCAGCCCUUCGUGAGCGACAAGCACCGGCUGAAGCACUUAAACUGCGCGACGUGGGUCACGCCCGCGUGGGGGUUUCAGUUCUUCAUCAAGCGCGAGUUCUCGCACAUCAACCGCAAGAUCGAAAAGGCUAUCCUGCAAGCGAACGAGAGCGGCGUGAAGGUGCUCGGGUUGGGCGCUCUGAACAAGAACGAGGCGCUCAACGGCGGCGGGCAGCUCUUCGUGGACAAGCACCCGAACUUGAACGUACGCGUCGUGCACGGGAACACGCUCACCGCGGCGGCGAUCCUUCAGAAGAUCCCCGAUGACGUGAGAGAGAUUUUUCUCACCGGCGCGACGUCGAAACUCGGCCGCGCGAUCGCGUUGUACCUCUCCGCGAAGGGCGUGCGAGUCGUGAUGUACACGACGUCCAAAGAGCGCUUCGAGAAGAUCCGCGGGGAGGCGAGGAGACAAGACCAGAAGAACAUCGUUCAGGCGACGACGUUGGAGGAAGGGAGAGGGAUUAAAGACUGGGUCGUCGGCAAGCACUGCUCGCCGAAGGACCAGGAGAAGGCGCCCAAGCACGCGACGUUUCACCAGUUCGUCGUCCCUCCGAUCCCGGAGACGAGACGAGACUGCGUGUACACCAACCUCCCCGCGUUCGCGCUCCCGAAGGAUGCGAAGGACUUUAGGUCGUGCGAGAUGACGAUGGAACGCGGGCACGUGCACGCGUGCCACGCCGGCGCGCUCGUGCACGCGCUCGAGGGGUGGACGUACAACGAAGUCGGCGCGAUCGAUCACACGAGAAUCGACAGCACGUGGGAGGCGGCGAUGAAGCACGGGUUCAAGCUCGCGACGGUGCAGGCGAAAGCCAUCUCGUGA